UUUGUUUUAUAAACUUGAACCCACCGGAUACUAUCCCUUCUUUUCCUUCCCCACUCAUCGAAAAUUUUUUCUCUCUUCAACAUCAGACGAACCCUAAUUGUUGGGUCCGCUUCCUUCCUUCUCUCUCCAGUGACCGCUCAGACUGACGAUUGUCGGGCACUAUCCCCGCCGUCAUGUCGAUUACGCUUCUUCUGUCUUAGAUGCUUCUCGGUUCAGCGUGACCAAUUGGUAUUUGAUUUCUCCCACUAAUCGAAUCAAUUGGUGCCUUAAAGAGCUAGAGACGGAAUGAGAUCGAAAGUGGUGAAGGCAGCAGAUGUGGCGCCGCUGUUGCUGGCCAGUGACGGCGUCACCGGCAUGUCGAUUUCUGCCAAUCCGUCUCCAUCUGGUAUGCUUCAUUCGUUGGUGAUGGAAGAGAAACAACACCUAUACCCCUGUGUGGGUUGCCUUUUGAUUAAGAAAAACCAGAUAGGUGAAGAGACUGCUGGAAGAGAAGUCACACCCACACCUUGUGUUGGAUUCCAUCUAAUUUAUAAGGUUUGGGGUUCUUGA